CAAAAAUUAAUAUGAAUCAAUUUAAUGACUUCAGUAUUCAAGAUGAGUACCUGGAGGAUCAAUACGAAGAAGAUGAAAUUAUGCAUCCUGAAAUCCCAGAUGGACAAGAUGAAGCUCCAGUUAAUUGUAACGAGACUAUUGAAGAGAAAAAGCUAUAUAAUAGCCUUUAUUCGUCUUCAUCGAGUGUAGAUCUUAGUGACUCUAUUAAAGCUAUUAACUCCAUCGGACGUCACCUCUUCAAAAAUAUUACACAACAAAAAUCAAAGACCUUCUUUGAACAGAAAUAUUUCUGCCUUCAGAACUUUGGAGAUGAUAUUGACUUCAGCCUUACAAACAUGUCGAAUCUUCAAACUCCAGCUAAGGAGACAAAAGGAGGAUGCUUGAACACUAUUGCCAAAUCCUUCAAUUUGCAAUACAAGCACCUCAACUCUCAAAGAAGUUGUCAAUCUGACAAAGGAGAUUCUAGAGAGAGUUCUUUAGAGAGAAGUGUUCCAAAAGAAAACGUGUGGAACUUCUGCUCUUCAGAACUUCCAAUGGAGAGCAUGGGGCAAAAUAUCGUAUCUGAAAAGUUAAGUACCCAGCCUGACUCUCAAUCUAUGUUGUCUAAGCAUUCAAGUUCUAAACUGAACCUUGAUUCUAAGCUAAAGAUGCCAAAACCAAGUUGGAAUUUUGGAAUGUUCAACCGGAAGUCUGUGAAGCCACUCUCAAACAGAUUUAGUGAAGCUAAUGAAGCCGAAGCUAGCGAUUUUGAAUAUAACAAAAACUGUAUGAAUGGAAGAGAACUCCUGAGCAAGUCAGACACCAUUGUUGAUCAAGUUACCGUCGGAAAGAGCACUUUCUGUGAGAAAGAAAUUCCUCACGAAACUACUUCUACGCACCAUGAUGACAAAUCUUCUGAAGGAGAAUCUAUGAUUGGAAGACUGACUAAAUCUGAAAGAGCUCAGAAAGUUAAGAAAUAUCUUGAGAAGAAACACAGGAGAAAGUGGAAUAAACAUGUAAAUUACCAGAGCCGUAAGAAAGUUGCCGAUACCAGACCAAGAUACAAAGGUAGAUUCCUCUCAUCAGAACAGGCCAUAGAGCUUGCUCAAGAAUUAAGACUUGAUCAGAAAAACAAGCUUGAGAAAGCACGAAUUUUUAUAAUCGAAGUGUUUGAUAAGAAGACCAAGCAACUCAGGAAGCGUAUCUACCCAAAUUCAAAGACCUUGAAAAGAUACACUACACAAGCCCUAACAUAACUUUUUAAAGAGGAUGUUGUCAACCUUUCACAGUUAAUCAAAUAACCGUGAAAUUCUGACGAAAAGCUAUUUUAAACACUAAUAUUAAAUAAUAAAGAAUAUUAAGAC